UAUACGCGAACAGCAGGAGUGGGCGGGCUUUCAAGUUUUGAAGCUAUUGGAAAGUAAAAUACACACAGCACUUCAAAAUCGUAGGGCACUGGGUAGGCUUUUAGCACCCGAUCUGGUUGUGUAUUUGGAGUUUCUCAUCAACACUUGCAAGUUACUGUGGGAAAGCCACUAUCCUAUAUGUAGGAUAUCGUCGUAGGAUUUAGUUAACAACAGUUGAAGCCUGUUGCCUCCCGCUGUUGGACAAAACGGCAUUUGCAUUGCAUUUUCAUUCGCUCUAGCUACAGUUUCAGUGGACUUGGAAGUUUAAAUCCUGAAAUUUUGCUUCGCAAGCUUGCAAGCUUCCUUUCGUGAAUUAAAUUCGAAAGACAACCCACCUGGCCGUUUGGUAACUCGUUCAACAAACUGCAGCAGAAGGGGAAUGUGGUUUGUUGACGAUAGCCAAUCCUUCCGUUGGCUGUUCUCCAAUUGAAAAACAGAGAGAUGAUUUUAAUGACGUGGUCCAUCGUCCUUCGAGGGGAGACCAACUGCAAAACCAUCAGCGUCUGAACAACUCCUGUGACUCCUUUUGAUCUGGUGGUGUCCAGUGGAGAGGAGGCUCCUCAAACCGGCGGAUAUUGAGUGACGCGAGAGGACUUAAAAGGAGGCACGUCAAAAUGGAUGCCGUAGACACCAUCCAGAAUACUGCCUUGGAGACCAAGGCUGAGCGCAUCGCCCGCUACAAAGCCGAGAGGAGGAGAGAGCUGGCGGAGCGCUACGGAAACACUGAGGAAGUCGGCUCUAAAUACACCAGGAGGGACAGGAAAGCUGGUGAGACUUCUGAGGAAGAGAAGCCGGAGGACAAAAGCUCCGAGCAGACGUUAUCUAGCCGGGCCUCCAGGAGUAGGAUGGAAGACCGCGACGAGUCUGUUGACAGCGAGUCCUCCCAGGAGACCGUGGGGGAUGAGGAGGCUCAACUGGAUACACCUGGCCCGUCAAAGCCUGCUGCCACCAAGAGGCUUAACUCUAAUCACAGCAUGGACACGCUGCAUGUCGUGGCCCCUCCCCUUCACCCGCCAGUCAAGCCAGGGGCGGGGUCAACCGCGCGUCGCCGACCCCUCCGGUUGCUAAGGGGGGUGUCUGAAGGGAGCCGCAUGGCUAGCGGUCGUUUCCGGACGCAGCCGGUGACCGCCAGCGACGUCACCGCGAGUCAAUGCCUUUUGGAAGCUGGGGACGCCGAGGAGCCAAAAGUAACUGACAGGAAGACUGAUGACGGAGCCAAGAUGAACAUGGCUGCCAACAUGUCUUUGAUUAAGGGGCUGGAGAAGACUGAAGAGUCGUCUCCCCUGACAACAGAGGGGAGUGGUCGCCAUGCCAACAACGCCAGCCGAGCGCACACCCAGCCAAUCACAAGCAAGGAGAUGGUGGCGGCAGGCAGCCCUCCCAAGGAGGAAGAGUCUAAAGGCUCAGAGAUGCAGGAGGCUACAGACAAGCGCAGGUCGAAGGGGGAGCGCUCCCACACACAACCGGUCACUGAGUUUGAGGUGAAGAGGCUCUCGUCCUCCAGUUCCCCCCUACCCCUCUCCGACCAAACACCAUACCCCAGAAGCAAGGACGAAGAGGACAAGUCCCUUAUACCCUCCCAGCCUGUCUUGCUGCAGCGCCAAGACUCGGGCACCCGCAGCGGCAUCAAGGGCAUCCUCAAAAAGAGUCGUUCCACUAGUGUCGAGUCGGACUACAGUGAGGGAGGAACCCCUGAAAGCACCCCCACCACCGGGGCGGUCCGACAAACCAGCGUCACCCUGAGCCACCCCGAGAGCGACGAGGAAGAUGAGGAGAAAACAGAGGAGGUGGAGGAAGAGGAGGACGAGGAAGAUGAGACGAUAGUGGACGAUAGCCCUGACGGUGGGCGUUUCAGUACCCCCCAGAUGCAGAGGGGCAGUGGGCGUGGUGGUAGCAGUAGUUCAGCGGAGGACCUCCAGAGCCGGACCCCCUCUCCAGACGAGAGCCUGGGGGAGGAAGAGAUGGAGAAGAUGUCGUCGUUGGACACGGAAGAUGGAGAGGAUCAGGAUAUGGAUAGCAGUCUGGACAGCAGUGUGGGGUCAUCCCUGAAAGAGAGGCUGGCUGAAUUGAGCAGUGGUGAGGAGGAGUGGAAGGCCAAGCUGAAGAAGCCCAAGGAUCUGGUGCAAAAGUCCCUGGCUGACCGUUUCAACCAGCUCCAGGACUCUGGAGAUGCCUGGAAGAAGAAGAAGUCCAGUGCGGACGUGGAGACCAAGAUGUCCCUGGCGGACAGGAUGAAGAUCCUGCAGGAGAAGGAGGAGGCAUGGAAGAGCAGGGGGCGGGGCGCUGCCAACGACUCCACCCAGUUCACCGUGGCCGGGCGCAUGGCCAAGAGAGGUCUUGUGUCCGAGACUAGUAAAGAGGAGUCUCCCAUUUCUCACAUUAAGAAGUCCAGCUCCACGCCAGUCAAGCCACAUGAAGAAAUCUCCACUCCGACUGGCGUCAAGGUGGAAGGGGACAAGAGGCUGGACAAGUUAGAGUCCUUCCUGGACAAGCUCCACGGUAAAGGGCUAGGGCACAGCCGGACAUCCACCAUCGAGGUGACUGCCGAGACAGAGAAGGAGGUCAUGACCCUGGAUGAUGAGGAGACGUUUGGCCGCUUUUACAAGUCUGUGUCGCCCACCGCUCGAGGCACUGUCGUUACUGCGCUGACAGAGGAGGAAUUCAGCGACCUUCAAGCCGACACGCCAAAGUUGACGUCGGCAGUGACGGAACACAAGCGUGCUGUGCGUCCUACUCGGAAUAACCAGGGCUCACGCAACCCCCUCCGUGCCCUGGCGGCCCGCAACGACAUCCGCCAGGUCUACACGGAACAGAGACUCAAUAUAGCUACCGUGGAAACCAAGAGGAUCCAAGUGGAGAGGAUGGCCAAGCAUUCCAACCUGGCGGACGCAGCUCUGGCUGGCCUGGCUAGCAAGGAGAACUUCCGCAAGGUCAACCUGCGCAGCACCAAGUCCACUGAGGUGGUGACCAACAACAGCACGCUGCCCUUCAACAAGCUCAUGCUCAUCCGCAUCAAAGGUCGGAGGCACGUGCAGGUGCGUCUGGUGGAGCCGUCUGCCCAUUCCCUGAACAGCGGCGACUGCUUCCUGCUUAUCACCCCCAAACACUGCUUCAUGUGGAGCGGAGAGUUCGCCAACGUCAUCGAGAAAGCCAAGGCUUCAGAGAUGGCAUCGUUCGUGCAGGCUAAGAGGGACCUUGGUUGUAAGGCCUCCCAGGUGACUGUGCUAGAGGAGGGCAUCAACACUGACAACAAAUGGGCUAAGGAGUUCUGGGACCUACUGGGAGGCAAGACCGACUACAGAGGUGCAGGGGAGCCAGAGGAGGAUGAGCUGUAUGAAAGUGGUGUGUUAGACUCUAAUGGGGUCUACGGGCUGCAGGAGGGCAAACUGGUGCCCCACAAAGAGGCCUGGGCCUCCAUCCCCAGUGUCACCCUGCUCAACUCUAAAGAGGUGUUAGUGUUUGACUUUGGCAGUGAGGUGUACGUGUGGACGGGGAAGGACGUCCCCCUGGGUGACAGAAAGGUGGCUGUCCAAUUAGGGAAGCAGCUGUGGAGCGGUUCUUACGACUACAGCAGCUGCAGGGUCAACCCCCUGGACUCCUGUUCAACCAAUACUGAUGUCCCUGAGCAGGGUGAGGGACGUCCCAGCUGGGCUCUGUUCGGCCGACUGUCGGAGCACAACGAGACGGCUUUGUUCAGAGAGAAGUUCCUGGACUGGGCCGAGAGGAAAGAUGAGUCUGCCAUGGAUGAGGCCAAGAGCCCUGUCCACUCUACCCUCCGCUCGCCGCUUGAGGCGGCCAAGCCCGACGUCUUAAAACAGUGCGACGCCAAGGCCCUGCUGGACAGUGUGGGAGGCCCCGUACGUAGCCUCCUGGAGGGCGUAGACGUGCAGCGUGGCUACGGGCUGGUCCGAACGGAGGACGGACGCCAGGCGGAGCUCGCCACAGUGGCAGUGGACACCUGGCAUAUCCGGGAGUUUGAGGAGGAGGAGCUGGUGGCGGCGAGCUUGGGCCAGCUGCAUGAAGGAGACACCUACGUGAUCCGCUGGAAGUACUCGGUCACCACUGUGGUGGGUAAGAGGCAGAAGCCGGGGGAGCUGAGUAGUGGGGGUCCAGGUCGGGAGCGCAGCGCCUGUUUCUUCUGGCAGGGCCGUCACUCCAGCGUCAGCGGCAAGGGCACCUCCGCACUGAUGACCGUAGAGCUGGGGAACCACAGGGGGGCGCAGGUGUUGGUGACACAGGGCAAGGAGCCUCCAUGUUUCCUGCAGCUUUUCCAGGGAGGCCUGGUCAUCCAAAAGGGCAGCAGAGAAGAUGAUGGCGUCAACAACACAGGCGGCUGGCAUCUGUAUUGCGUGCGCGGGGAAGCCACGGUGGAGGCUUCCCUGGUGGAGGUGGAGUGUUGCUGUGCCAGCCUGCGUUCCCGUGCCACCCUGGUUCUGCUGGAGGCCCACCAGGGACAGCUCUACCUGUGGCACGGAUGUAAGUCCCACGCCAGCGCCAGGGAGGUGGGCGCCAGGGCUGUGGAAAGGCUCAAACAGAGGCAUCCUUCUGAGCUGGGCCUGAACAGUAACAGCAGUCUGAAGGUAGAGGAGGUAGAGGAAGGCACGGAGCCAGUUGGGUUCAGGAAUGCUCUGGGACAGCAGGACCGGAAGGCAUAUGACUGCAUGCUCCAAGAUCCAGGGAAGUACAACUUCACCCCGCGUCUGUUCUGUCUGAGCGCCAGCUCGGGGGUAUUUGAAGGGGAGGAACUGCUGAGCCCGGCCCGUGUGACAGGGGCCGUCAUGGCCAUGCCCUUCCUCCAGGAGAAUCUAUACUCUGUGCCACAGCCAGCCCUCUUCAUGCUAGAUAACCGUAUGGAGGUGUACCUGUGGCAGGGCCAGCAGCCCGACGACGGAGAGUGUACAGGCUCAGCCAAGAUCCGCUGGGAGAACCAGAAGAAGUGUGCCAUGGAGACGGUGCUGCAGUACUGCAAAGAGAAGAACUCUCGCCGCCCCCCUCAGGCCUACCUGGUCCUUGCGGGCUCUGAACCGCUGACCUUCACCAACAUCUUCCCCUACUGGGAGAGAGAUCCCAACAUCACCACCCAGGCGGAGGGGGCACGCAACAAGGUGACCCUGGUGCAGGACGCCCUGAACUGGCUGAGUAAGAACCAAUACUCUGUGGAGGAGCUGACGGCCAAGCCUCUACCAGAAGGAGUGGACCCCCUCCGCCUGGAGAUCUACCUUUCAGACCAGGACUUCCAGAGGGUCUUGGAGAUGACUCGCACCGAAUUCAACGCCCUGCCAAACUGGAAACAGAAGAACCUGAAGAAAAGCAAGGGCCUUUUUUAAAAAGUUUUCCUUUUUUGUUGUUGUAAACAAACCAAAAAACAAGAGGAUUUUUUUUAAAGUCCAUAUGGCACCUUUUUCAUACUGUUUUGUAUUCUGUGGGAAAUCAUGUAGUUUUUUUCAUGUAAACCGAAAGAACAAAACACAUGUACAGACUUGUAUCUGUUUUAAAACGAUAACCUCUUUUUAAAAAUGCCAAUUUUUAUAGACCUUUCCUACAAAGCAAUAUAUUGUAGCCAAAUAUAUACAGUAUAUGCAAGUGUUACCUUUUGGCAGCGAGGUUAUUGUUCAUUAUAGUGAACUAUAUAUGCCCCUGAAUUAUAAAUAUGUAUUAUAAAUGUCUGUUCUUACAUGUGUACUCUAGCAUUGUCAAUUCUGUCAAGAGUGGGAGAUUGUCUUUGUGUCUGUUGUGUUGAAUGGCUGUGUUCAACAAAAACACUCAAAGGGUCAUUCAUACACCUAACCAUCACCUAAAAGUUGCCACCAGUUUUUAGAGAAGAAAUACUCAUUAGCCGUUCUAAGUUAGAGGCCAUCUGCAGUUGCUACAUACAUACAUUUUUUUUUUAUAUAUACCCAUUGAUUCAUUAGGACUAUAAUUUACGAAGGCCUCAUUAGCUUUGUUCAACUGUCGUACCCCAUUGCGACCCAAAAUAUAAGCUUGUUUGACCUAAUGUUUGUAAACAACAUAAAUGUCAACAAACACUGUAUCGCCUCAAACCAUGGUUUAAACUAUAAUUUUGAUAUCAUGGUCCAUAGCUUUGUCUAUGAAUUUGAGAGUGGUUUUAUUUCUCCAGACCCAUUGCUCAGCUUUUCACCAAAACACUAGUGGGGUGCCUCUUUGUUAAAGGUUCAAUCUGCAGUUGAAACAAUAAGUCUCUUUGGGGUGGUUUCUCCAACAGAUCAAGCCUAAUCCUGGACUAAAAAGCAUUUCAUGGAGAUUCUCCUUUGAGAUAGAUUUUUAGUCCAGGACAAGGCUUAAUCUGUGUCCGGGAAAUCGCCCCUUGAACUUUCAGGUCUCUCUUGCAAAAGCGAUUUUAUCUCAUUGAGACUAACCCGUAUAAUUAAAGAUGAAAUUAAAAAUUGGUUAAUACUAAUGGCUCCACAAAAAACACAAAAAAAAGGUGCUAGAUUUUUUGUGGGGUUUUAAGUAUUAUGAAUACAGUACACCCUAAGAGCCGGUUUCCUGGACAGAAUAAGCCUAGUUCUGUACUAAAAAGCUCUUUCAAUUGAGAAUCUCCCUUGAAUGAUUAACGGUUAAUCUCUGUCUGGGGAACUGGACCCAAAUCUUUGGAGCGACUACAUGUGUUUGACAAUGGUGUGACUACUUCUCUAGGACCAAACCUCUGACUGUAUUGUACCUCUUCACUAUGAAUUUCUUGGAGUGUGUGGUGGAUGAGUAAGCGUUACAGUGCCUAGUGAAAGCCUACAAACCCUUGCACAGUUUUCCCAUUUUGCAGCCUAAAACUUAAAUCCCCCAAAAAUAUUCAAGAAGUAUUUUUUCUCACUGAUCUAUCUACACAACAUACUCCCCCAUUUUCCUAGAAAAAUGUAAUUAGAAUUUUUCAGGUUUUAUUUUAUUUUUUAUUCACACCCCUCGCUGUGGCACAUCUAAAUACGUAUAGUUGCAAAUUAUCUUCAUACAAAAUCACACUUGUUGAAUGAGGUCCAUGCAAAAGUUGUGGUUUUCCUGAUUUAAGAACAACUUUCUCUGUAAGGUCCCUCAAUUGGAUAAUGAAUGUCAAACCGUGAUUCAACCUCCGAGCCACACCCAAUGACCUUUAAAAGCAUGUCUGGGAUACAUUUUUGGACAGGCAUAGAUCAGGGGUGGUUUAGAAAUAAUUCUAAGCCACUGAAUAUCCCAUUGAGUGUUGUCAAGUAUGGUAACCAUCAUAUUAAGUGAAUUUCCUAAUUUUUUAAAUGUAGUGAAACACUUUUUAGAAUAAACUAUAUUAAAUAUA